CAGGGCGGGGCACGGGGGCACGGCUGGCCGGGGCGCCCAGUCCUCAGUCACCAUCUUGGUCUUGUAAGGAGCUGGUUGGGUCCUUUCCUUCUCGGUUACUGAGGUCAGGCUCGUCCCUACGGCCACCAACAUGAAGGUGUGGGCAGCUGUGGUGGUGUUGAUGGUGGCGGCCACCUGGGCCAGUGCUGAGGCGAAGGAGCAUCUGCACAAGAAAGCUCAUUCUGACCCACAGAAGAAACAUAUUGUCCAGAUUGAGGAAAAGCUUCAACAGUUGCUUGAACUAGAAGCAGAGCUAAAGUCGGAAAUUGCUGAAGUUGCCGAGGCAGUGGAGGAGGACGAGGAAGGUUCUGAGGAGAAUGAAAUAGAGGAGGAAGAGGAAGGGGAGCCAGCAGAGGAUGAACCUGUAGAGGUUGAUGAACCUGUAGAGGAAGAUGGAGAUGAACCUGUAGAGGAAGAUGGAGAUGAACCUUUAGUUGAAGAGAAUCCCUUAGAAGAGACAGAUGAAGAAGUAAAUGCAUUCUAUGGAGAUCCUUGUGCAGAUAUGUACUGCGGUGCUGGUCGCACGUGUGUUAUAAAUGAUGCCGGUGAAGGCGAGUGCCGAUGUGUUAAUGUGUGCAGCGAUGAGACUGAUCCACGAAGAAGGGUGUGCAGUAAUCACAAUGAGACCUGGAUGUCCGACUGUGAGCUCUACCGCCAACGUUGUCUCUGCCAAGAGGGUGAUGAAAGCUGUCGCAAACCAGAAUAUACCCACGCUCACAUUAACUAUUAUGGAGAAUGUCAAGACCUUCCUGCAUGUGAAGAAUCAGAGCUGGAAGACUUCCCUCGGCGCAUGAGUGAGUGGCUCUUCAACAUCAUGCGUGACAUGGCCGACCGCGAAACUCUAAGUGAACACUACAUUCGUUUAGAGCGGGAGGCUGAAGAGGAUGCCACUAAGCAGUGGACAUAUGCAGUGGUGUGGAAAUGGUGCGAGCUGGAUUCUCAUCCAAAGGACAGCUUUGUCUCGCGUCAUGAACUGUUCCCCAUCCGAGCCCCGCUUGUCACUCUGGAGCACUGCAUUAGCCAGUUCCUAGACUCGUGUGAUCCAGAUGAUGACCACCGCAUCACCUUUAAGGAAUGGGCUAACUGUACAAAGCUCUCUGAGGAGGACUUUGAGAAGCUUGAGGACAUGUGUGAGAACAUCCGUGAUGACUAACAUGUUAAUCGUGGUGUCAGAAAGACUUCUGUUGUUGGAGUCUAUGAAAACGUUAACAUAAUGCUUUAAUCCAUAUGUAACAGAUGCAAUUAAGAAACCAAGUGACUGAUUGUAUUUAAAUGCCUCAAUAAAAUUUAAGCGAUAUAAGAAGCAUAGUUUUCAGUUGAUAUUUAGCUCUGUGCAAUUGAAGUAAACAUGUGAAUGACAGUUGAGGUGGUGGUGAUGUGACUGGUUUGAUAUUAACUGAAAUUUGUCACUAAUUGUUUGAUUAGCAUAAUAUUUUUAAUGUAAGGAAAUAAUAAAGGGUCACUUAACUAUGUAAAACAAUUUGUUUCAAAAAUGUAAUAUAAAAUAGGAAAUUCUUUUCUAUCAAUCUUAUUGGAUGCAUUUUUCUGUGUUCUUUUCCGAGAUAAUUUAGAUUUAUGCUUCAGUAUAAGUUAGGAAUUAUAUCAUGAGUACAGAUACGUAGAAAUAUCGUAAGUAAAGCCUACUGCAAAGUAUGUAAAGUUAUUUUUCUUUUAUAAUACUGUACUCUUACUGUAUUACUUAGAUUAUACUACUUAAUAAUAAAGCAACUUUGUACAAAGUUGCUACACACUGCCAUAUGUUGUACAUGACUGUAUGUUAUACUGCCAGGUAACGGGCCAGUAUGAUGCUUUAUAUUUAAUGAUUUUCUACUUCACUGAAAUCUUUGGCUAGUUUUUAUUGAAUUUAUUUUUAUGUUGUAGCUCAGUUCUUGUGCUGAAAUAAAAUGAAUAAAUAGGCAAUUUUCAUAUGGUAACUGUUACCCUAUGAAGAAUAUAAAUUUAUAUAUUUAA